AUGAUUGGAUUGCAGCUAUCAACAUCGCAAAUCUUAUUAAUAUCAGGUACAAUUUUUGCCUGGUUUUUUUAUAAGGCUUAUAUUAAACCUAAACGUUGCUUGAAAAAUUUGGGCAUAAGAGGUCCCCCUCCUAAACCCAUAUUGGGUAACUUGUUGGAUUGUAAACCGGCUUUGCAACAUAUAGCUCAAAUAGAAAGGCAAGAAAAAUACGGUUAUGUAUAUGGCACUUUAUUUUUUUCCAUACCAACCAUAUGGAUUGGCGAUGUAGAUAUAUUAAAAUCAGUUUUAAUCAAAGAUUUCCCCAAUUUUACCAACCAUUUCGGUAUCGCUAGUAACUUAGAACCGUUUAAUAAGGCGUUAUUAGAAUUGAAAGAUAGCGAUUGGAAGCGAGUAAGAACUAUUUUAGUACCAACAUUCAGCGUAUCACAGAUAAAGGAAAAUUUUUCCUUUGUUGACAAGGCUGGUGAAGGAAUUGUUGCAUUGCUCUUAAAGGCAGAGAAAGAAGGUGAUUCGAUUGAUUUACGAAAGGUUUGUGGCAAUUUUUCAAUGGAAAUUCUUCUUGCUACUGCCGCUGGAAUGGAAUUUGAGUCGAAAGAACAAGAAAAGAAAUUAACUGCAGCUGCUAGUCAGGUAUCUAGUGGUGCAGCCGGUCUAAUGCAGUUAUUAUUACUAUUUGCAACACCACUAUUUCGUAUCUUAGAGCCACUAUCUGGUGGGCAAUUUAUGAACUCGUUACAUUAUUUAACCGAUACUUGCAGAAAAGUAAUCAAAGAAAGGAGGGAAAAAAUGGCUGCAGGCAUUGCAUGUCGUAGAGAUCUAAUGCAACAGAUGAUCGAAGCUGGUGAUAGCGAUAAAUUAGACGACAAUGAAGUUGUCGCUCAGGCUGUGAUCUUUCUUGUAGGAGGUUACGAAACUACAGCAAAUACUUUAGCAUUCGCUACCUACUUAUUGGCAACAAACCCUGAAGUACAGAAUCGAUUAUAUAAUGAAAUAAAAACAAAACUUAGCGAUGCUGAUCCAUUAGAUUAUGAUCGUGUAGCAGACUUACCCUAUUUAGAAAUGGUAAUAUUGGAAACAUUAAGAAUAUAUCCACCCGCUUUUAGACUUACUCGGGCAUGCAAAAAUAAUACUACAAUUGAUGGUCAUCAGAUCUCAAAAGAGGCUAUGAUUGCUGUUCCUGUCUAUGCUAUUCAUCAUGACCCUAAAUUAUGGCCUAAUCCAGAACAGUUUAUUCCUGAACGCUUUGCGCCGGAAGAGAAAUCCAAGCGUGCAGCUUGUGCAUACCUUCCAUUUGGUAUGGGACCACGAAAUUGCCUCGGAAUGAAAUUUGCUUUGCUGAAGAUUAAAUUAGCUCUUGUGAAAGUGUUACAAAGUGUCGAAUUAACUGUUACUGAGAAAACAGAUGUUCCUUUACCAAUAAAGUGUGGUAUAACUAUGGCUCCAGCUAAUGGAGUACACCUAGGCUGUAAAAGAAGAUAG